AUGCAGUUCAAUCCCGCCAAAGACAUUCCCGACCUUUCGGGAAAAACCAUCAUUGUGACUGGUGGCAGCAGCGGUCUCGGCAAAGAGAGCGUACACCAGCUUGUCAAGCACAACCCAGAGAAGAUUUACCUUUCCGCCAGAACAAGCCAGCGCGGUAACGCUGCCAUCAAGGAUAUCGAGAAAGAUGUUCCAUCAGCCCAAGGAAAAAUCCACUUCCUCGAAAUUGACAUGGCGUCAUUUGCAUCAGUCAAGAAGGCAGCCGAUCGCAUUUUGGCAGAGAACAACCAUCUGGAUAUCCUCAUGAACAACGCUGGCGCUACUGGAGCCGCCCCUGGUCUGACCACCGAAGGUUACGAAGAUCAGUUCGGCAGCAACUACAUGGGUCCCACACUCUUUACUAAGCUCUUGCUUCCUCUCCUGCGCAAGACUGCAGAACAGCCCGGCAGUGACGUUCGCAUCGUCAAUCUCAGCUCCGAACUGUUCAAACAAGCCCCUACCGAGGGUAUUGUAUUCAGCAAACUCAAGACCCCCAUGCCCGAGACCAGUUCCAUCGCCAGAUACGGUCAAUCCAAACUUGCAAACUACUUCUUCAGCAAGGUCACUGCCGAGAAGUAUCCCACAAUCAAGUCGGUUGCUCUUCAUCCUGGUGAGGUAAACACCGGUAUCUGGGAUAACUUGAGGACGAGAAGACCAUAUGUGGGCUGGGCUUUGAUGACUUUCUUGGGUCCCUUCCUGACCGAUGUCCAUCAAGGUGCGAAGAUGCAACUGUGGGCGAGUACCGCAAAGAAAGAGUCAGUGAAACAUGGUGGCUUCUACACGAAAAAGGGCACCGAGUACACUCAAGCGAUUCUCAGCAAUGACAAACUCGCGAACGAGCUCUGGGAUUGGACUGAGAAGGAGUUCGCAAAGCAUGGAUUUUGA